UCCUUUUCCCGGAAGUAGGAAGACCAGAAGUCGCACAGAGAGGAAAGUCUGUUGGCAGCAUAAAUCACACCCAGGCCACUGACAACACUUUUACUGUCCUAAUACAUCUGUCCUGCAUCGCAUUGUGAUUUUCGGAAGUAGCAGGAGUUCUCAAGGUAUGGAAUAUGGCAGCAACUGAAACACAGCUUAUGUUAAGCGUUGGAUUAAUCGAGAAAGAUGUGAACAGAGACACUCUGUGGGUGUGGUGCUAUCCCUCUGUGAGCUCAGACCUGAGGCAAGUCCUGCUCAGCAAGUGCUGUCUGACUCAGGACAGCCGGGAGUUCCACACCUUUGUGUUCGGGCAGUUCUGUCGCACCUGGUUCUACAUCAGCACUGUGGAGGUGCAGGAACCCACAGCGCUAAACAAGGUCACUCAUUUUUCAAUAGUUGUUACGGCAAAAGACUUCAACCCUGAGAAGUAUGCUGCUCUCAGCAGAAUCCUCUGCAGGAUGUACAUCAAACAUGGCAGCCCAGUGAAGAUGAUGGAGGCUUACGUCACCGUCCUCACCAAAGGAAUUUGCCAGAGUGAUGAAAACGGCUCGUUUCUAAUAAAGGACUACGAUAUUCGGAAAGCCUUCUUAGCUGGUUCAGUCAAAGACGUGGUGUCUCAGUUUGGCCUGGAGACAAUCAUCCUGUACACGGCUCUCAUGCUGAAGAAGAGGAUCGUUGUCCAUCACCCUCGGAUUGAAGCCUUGCUGGAGUUUACAAGAGUCCUGCCCACUCUGACCUGGCACAGGAAGGACUGGUCCAUCCUCCACCCGUACGUUCACCUGACUGAUACUGAACUAGAGGAUCUGAAGAAAUGCCCCGGAUAUGUAGCGGGGUUUGUAGAUCCAGAAGUGAGCAACAGAUCGGACUUGUUUGAUGUUUAUGUGAACCUCCCGGACAGCGUCAUCACAGUAUCCCAGAGUGCCAAAGAGGCCAUGGCUAUGGGGAAGUUGCACAAAGACGUGGGACUUCUCAUUGUGCAGUCUGCGGAGGAUGCUGAGAGGUCAGACAGUCAGGUCAUCAAGGAUAUUUCUGUGAAGACUAAAGAGAUCCUGGCUAACUUGGCGGCCCUGGCUGAUCAGUGUGAAGACUCUAAAAUCACGUUGGAAAGUUUAAAGCUGCAUCAUUUCCCCCCGGCCACAGAGAACUUCCUCUUUCAUUUGGCAGCUGCCGAGCAGCUCUUACGGAUAUAGUUUUUUAUUUUUCAGACUCCUUGCUGCAGGAUGAUGUUACCGUCUCUUACAGCAUGGACUCUGGCUCUGCUGUUCUCAAUAUGUCGGGACAUCUCCUGUGGUCGUACUCGUACCAAUAAAUAAAUGUUUAUAUAUUUUUGAUUGUCAACAAAUCCCUUGAAAAGACCAAAACAACGAUGACUUGAAUCCUAAAUGUUGCAUUUUACUACCAUGAAUAUGGGCACUGUCAAUGCUUUUGAGUCACUGCUGCUGACUAUAAUACUCACUACUGCACCAAAUGUGUAUUCAUCCACAGCUAAAAAAUAGUCCCAAAAAGUGCACAAUUGAUCCUAUUUGAGGUAGCUGUUAACAUUUACACUGCCCAGCUGUUUAAGGAAAUAGCCUUUUAUUUGAUAAAUUCAACAAUACAUUAGUUUUGCUGCAUGUAUCAGUGGGCUUGGAACCAAGUGCCAAAAAAAGUAAGAUGGACACUGACUGCUGAUUUUGGUGUGUUCAUGGGAUUUGAUGACAUAAAAAUAUUUCAUAACUUUAGCCUUGUUUUUUAAAUCAGUAGUUAAGGAUCUACAGUGUUUUUCUCUAACUGUGAAACGGAGGAAAAUAAACUGGUACUUUUCAGCUGGUACAUCUAAUAAUCCUCCCAGAUUUGAGCUCCCACAGUGCAAAGCGGCACGUACAUACAUCACCUUUAUGGGAAUAUUGUGCAAACGCUGUAAAGAGAUAUAAAUAUAAAUACGCAGGAGCUGAAAUGCAGUUAAUAUUAAAGAGCUUAUUGAUAGAAACUACAUUUGUGGUUAUCGGAUCAUAAUGUGUGUGUUUAUAUCAUUUUUUUAAACUCACAUUUUGUAUUUUACUAAUGACUUAAAAACAAGCAUAUCGUGAUGGACAAGGCUUUUUAAAAAACAUUAUCGAAAGGUGUUCAUCAAAAUGCAGCUGAUCAAAUAUUAGUGUUUCCAUGUCCAUAUUGAUUUAUACUGAAUCAUGUGUCUUAAUGUCCAGGUUUUCUUUUUAUCCACGUUGAGUUAGCGCUGUUGUUUUACAGGCGAGUGUUUUUUUCAGCACAUUGCCAAAAAGAUGGUUUGGAAAAUAAAUAUAUUUUAAUGAAUUCAUGUAAUAUGUCCUAUGUAUAAUACAAUUUAAUAUUCCAGAUAAAUACAUUUAAAAUAAAAAAA